UCCAAGCUGCCACCGACCAGGUACAAGUGCCGAAGAGCAACGCUACAGGACAGACAGCGAGGCAUGGAGAAGAUCGAAACAUCCGUCACUAAUCGUCCACAAUGAUGAACCAACCGGUUAAUACACUUGACAGGAAAAAAGUCAUUAAAGCAAAGCUUGAGAAGCUAAGAAAGGACAAAACCACCAUCCUUCCGGCCCUUGUAAAAACAGGAAGACCCCAACCUCUCACUGUUGCACAGUCUUCUCAAACCGAUGCCUUCAGUCAGCAACACAGACUUCUUCUGAACGACUCAAAUCGACUUGGCUGCAACAAAGCAUUCCCACAGAAGCUGGGUCCCAAUGUCGGCACCCUUCCCCAGCUGGAGCCCCCUGCCAAGCAAACCGCGUUAGCGAAUGCCAAACCUCAUCAUCAGCUUGACAUAGUCCUGCCUCAGAUAGGCAGCAAGGUCAUGCCAAAUGUGCAGCAGGAGGAAAGGCACAGAGGCUUGCAGCACCCGAUAAGAUUGAACCCAACGGAGAAUCUGGCAGACUCCAGCAGCUACUGCCCUUCAAACAAGCAGGAAAAGCACAAGACAAUUGAGGGUCACAGGCUGCCAAUCACACCUGCAGAAGCGCUGAAGCAUUUUCGAAACCGGCUCACACAGUACGAGCAGGAAGAGAUAAUGGAUUACUCUGAGCUGUGGUUUCUCGGGCUGGAUUCCAACAAGAUUGAGGGGGUUCAUGGAGAGCAGCAUAACUGUGGGUAUGACGACGAGCAUGGCAACUACCUCAAGGUGCUACACGACCAUAUUGGAUACCGUUUUGAAGUGCUGGAAGUAAUUGGGAAAGGCUCAUUCGGACAUGUUGUGAAAUGCUUGGACCAUAAUACGAACGAGCUUGUUGCUGUAAAAAUAAUUCGGAACAAAAAGAGAUUUCACCACCAAGCCUUGGUAGAAGUGAAAAUACUUGAUGCUCUCCGGAGGAAAGACAAAGAAAACAACCACAAUGUUAUACACAUGAAGGAGUACUUCCACUUCCGCAAUCAUCUCUGCAUCUCCUUUGAGCUUUUAGGACUGAACCUUUACGAACUCAUUAAGAAGAACAACUUCCAAGGAUUUAGCCUGCCGCUCAUUCACCGCUUCGCCUGUUCUCUACUGAAGUGCUUGCAGAUGCUCCACAGAGAAAACAUCAUCCACUGUGACCUUAAACCUGAGAAUAUUCUACUAGCCCAUAAAGGGCAAGGGACUAUCAAAGUGAUUGACUUUGGAUCAAGCUGCUAUGAGCAACAAAGAGUGUACACCUACAUCCAGAGCAGGUUCUACCGCUCUCCAGAAGUGAUCCUGGGCCACACGUACAGCAUGGCAAUCGACAUGUGGAGCCUGGGAUGCAUUCUGGCUGAGCUUUACACAGGCAGCCCUCUCUUUCCAGGGGAGAACGAGGUGGAGCAGAUGGCUUGCAUCAUGGAGGUGUUAGGUCUGCCACCCACUGAGUUUAUACAGACAGCUUCUAGGAAGCGGUUAUUUUUUGAUUCCAAGGGAUCGCCUCGAAACCCUACGAACAGUAAGGGGAAAAAAAGAUGUCCCAGUUCAAAGGAUCUUGCCAGUGUGCUGAAAACCAAUGACACUCUAUUUCUGGACUUCCUAAGAGGCUGUCUAAUGUGGGAUCCUGCACAGCGCAUGACUCCGGAUGAGGCCAUGCAGCACGAGUGGAUCCAGGAGGUGCGGUUACACAAGACCCACCCCAAAACACGCCCUGUGAGGAAGUGCUCUGAGGGCAUCCCUGUCAUAGACAGCAACAUGGAACAAAGCUGCAAGAAGACUAUGAACAGCAAAACAGGUGACAAGGGGUAUCAAGAGAGUUCUGACACAGCUGAAUUGUCUGGAAAUGUGGAAGAAACCUUGGAGAGACUGCGACCGAUCGGAGCCUCUGCAGAGGAGGAGGUGCAGGAGGACACGGCCAAACACAAAACAGAGAAACCCAUCAAAAUCAUCCUCAAACCCGAGCCAGUGGAGCACAGACAACACCCUGGCUCUCAGAACCAGCCACAGACCCGAGCCCAUAUCACAUAACUGCAGGCUGAGAAGGGCUAAGGGCUUCUCUAUAGGCAGCAGCUUUAUUUUUCAGUUUUACAUUAAGAGACAUGAAUAAAUUAUUCUCUAAUUCUUGUAAGACUGAAAGAUGUCUGGAACUUUGUUGCCUGUGGACACCAAAGCAAGCUCCAGUGUGCAAUAUCUUCUUUUUUGCUUAACAUUGUUUUUAUUGUUUUUUGUUUACUUGAAAUUAUUACAGAAUUUUUCAACAAAUCAGGAGUUCUUCGUCAUUAUGAAUGAGCAAUAUUCGAAACAACA